AUGACAAGGGAGCCAGUGGCCAAGUCGUUGCGUGGCGUGGCACGUCUGCCGCCUUCAACGGCGCCGGCCACGCGCACUUCGAGUGGUCUUCUUGCGACAGUGACGUCUGCAUCAGGCGGAGGCUAUGGCGUGCUGGUGGCCACAACUCUGUGCGCAGAUGACGCACGCCAGGGGGAAUUGGCAUUUUUGACGUUGACGGCGGACAACUCUGCAAUGCUUCUUGCAAGACGGAGAUUCGCCUUCAACGCAGAGCCUCUGUACGGCAUUGCGAAAGUUGUGUGUGCGGGUGUCAGCGUGGUUGCUGUAAUGAGCUCAUCGGGUGAAGUUGUGUGUGUACGUUCGGGACUACUUGAAAAUGAUGUCGAUGAUGACGCUAGCGAUAGUGAAGAGGACGACGCAGAGACGUUUGUAAGUGCGGUGGCUCACGCUUUAGACAUUUGUGCCAUAACAGUAGGGGGUUGCCCUCUUGUAGUCACCUCUGGUCAUCUGAAAGUACAAGGUUUUUUCUUUCCGCAGCAAGGCGCAGGUGGGGGAAUGAAGCAUGAGUGCCGUGAGUUAAACUUUGGACCCUUCCAUUUCAUUGCAGGCGUCGCAGAUUAUUGCCAUGGGCCAGCGCUUCUGCUCGGAUGUACGCUUGGAAGUAUUGUUGUAUUGGAGUGGACCUCCCCGUUGGAUGAUCCCGUUGUUAUUCGCUCUAUUCUCAUGGGGUCAUCAACACGUUACAUCGGUGUGGCUAUCGAUGAAUUUGAAUGCUUUGAAUCCCAACGGAAUGUCACAUUUUGCUGUUUUGGUGAGACGACCGCGGAGGAACAAGAAGAGACGGAGCUUUUGUUCUUGCACCGCACGGAUGAUGCUCCAUUUGAGAUUAGAAGGGCAUCUGACGCCUUUGUGUCUUCGCUGCCCUCAUGGAAUAUGAUUUGCCACAAUGCACCCAGUCGGCCGCACGCGGAGGGUUUCUCGCUCAUGGUGACACAGCCACAGCUUCACCGCUCGUCAUGUGCGACGCACCACGCCCUUCUUAUUAAAAUCACGCAAUCCGGGUUGGACGCAGUGGCAUCCUUGUCUCACGGAGAAGAUGCAAGCAACGUCGCAAGAUUCUCAUCAUCGAUUCACAUCAGCGUCAUGGAAAUGCUAUCCACAGAGUGCAAAAAAGCCCUUGCGAAGCUUACCUCGGCAGUUAGUGUGCUUCCGAUGCUACGGCACACCACAGGUCAGGGCUCUCAUGCCCUUUGGGAAUUGGGUUUGUGUGAUGGACAAUGCACUGUGUUUUUUAGUUUCAUUGAAAACGGGCAGAUGAGGCCCUGUAGUUUACUUUGUCUUGAGGGCAGUCACGAUCGACUGCUGGGAUGUUCUUGGCUGCCACAAUCACGCGGAGCCAUCAUGGUCCUUUCAGGGACUAUUCUUAAUGCUUUGAAAGAAGCCAGCGAGAAACAGGAGAGGGAGUCCGAAGUGUCGGCGGUUGUCGUUGGUGAACUUGUUUUGUCCACCCGAGAGCCUCUGUCAUGGGAAGGCGUUGACGCAUCUUUCCCAUUGACUCUGGAAAAUGUGCAAGAAGUGGUGCGGACUACUGUGCAGAAGGAGAAUGAGAAGAUGUUUGCUCGUUUAGAGCAACGUCUGGUUUCAUUAGAGCAUGCAAUGAGCCUGUUGCUUCGUGGUGAAGCGAAGCAACUGAGUAAUGAGCGAGUUUGA